UCGCCCUGGAAGCCAACCCCAACCUGACCUGGCGAGACAUCCAGCACCUGACGGUCCUCACCAGCAAGAGGAACUCCCUCUUCGACGCCAAGCACCGCUACGACUGGCACAUGAAUGGCGUUGGUCUGGAAUUCAACCAUCUCUUCGGCUUCGGAGUGCUGGACGCGGGCGCCAUGGUGGCCCUGGCUCGGGACUGGGUGACUGUCCCGCCGAGGUACCACUGCCAGGCCGGGAUCUACCAGACACCCAGGAAGAUCAGCGUGAACGAACCAUCGAAAUCAAGAUCGAGACGGACGCCUGCGCCUGGAGCGACACCGAGGUCAACUACCUGGAGCACGUGCAGGCGGUCAUCACCUCAACGCCAGCAGACGCGGCGACGUGGAGCUCUUCAUCGUCUCGCCGAUGGACACCAAGUCCAUGAUCCUGAGCAGGCGGCCGAACGACGACGACUCCCGGGACGGUUUUACGAAGUGGCCCUUCAUGACCACCCACACCUGGGCCGAGAACCCCCGGGGCACCUGGAGGCUCAUGGCGCGUCUGAACAGCGAGACGGCCGAGGAGGGCUGGAUCAAGGAAUGGACCCUGAUGCUCCACGGGACACGCGAGGAGCCCUACGCCCACCUGCCCGUCAAGGAUCCUCACUCGAAACUCGCCAUUGUCAAGAAAGCGCAUCAGGACAAGAAGAUUUAGGAACACACCAAGAUUACUUGCUUGAAGAAUCAUAUUUUUUUGAGAGAGAGAGAGAGAAGGAAGACAAAAAAAUAUAUAUUAUGAUCUGUUAUAUUCAACUCCCUGACGAACAACAAAAGAAAAGAAAAAGAAAAAGAUAUGUACUGUAUUGAUUUUAAAAAUUGGAUACUGGAAGAUGAAUUAUAAGUUUGAAAAAGAAUAUAUAGAUAUGAUGAUAACAUAGAGGACUAAGAUUAAAAUCUCCGAAAAUAAGUGAAAUCUCACUAACGAUCAGGGUGACUCAGCAGGCAUUAUAGAUGGUUGAUUUGAUUUGAUUUCUUCUUCUCUUCUUUAUCUUCUUCCUCUUUUUCUCCGAGGGAUUGGUCCCAAUCAAGCCUAGCGCGUGGUAGGCCCCACUGAAAUAGUCCCCAGCCCUACUCCAGUGGGGCCUUCGCUAGCAGGGACCCCGAAGGCCCUCGUCUCCCGAUGCUUCCGUUUUCUGUGUCCUGUGUCAACCUUCCCGUUUUCUAAAUCCUGUGUCAGCCUUUUCCGUUUUCUAUAUCCUGUGUAAACCUUUCCGUUUUCUAUAUCCUGUGUCAACCUCUGAGAAAUACGCAGACUCUCAGAAAUAGAAUGGAGAUCAGUUUUUAGUAUAGAGGUAUAACAAAAAAUCAGUAAAA